AUGGCUGCGAGACUAUCUGAAGAGGAGGCGGAGGAGGAGGAGAUAGAGCGGUGUUUGCGCGCCAUCAUCCAGCUGCCGCGCACUCGCGUAGGAGGCGCGGGCGGCGACGGCCGCCCUCCGAGCUCCAGCGGCGACAGCAGCAGCGUCGACUGGCCGUUCCUCACGCAGCAGGUGCGCCGACUUCACCAGUUCAUCUUCCUGGGCCACUUGGACGGCCCAGAUGCACGGGGCGGGAGAAGACACUACAGCCAUGAGCCCGAUCAUCAUCAUCACCAUCACCACCAUCACCAGCAGCAGCAGGUGCAGCAGCGGCGGAGGGAGAAGUGGGAGCACCAGGUGCUGCCCCAUCUCAACCGCCUAGUGCACCGUCUCUUCGCUCCAUCCGCCCACCGCUCCUCCCUCUCUCGGCCCCCACCCGCUGCAGCUCCCCUCCUCGUUGCAUCGCUGCGCUUCUUCUUAGCAGCAGGGGAGGAAGGGCUGCUACCGUUAGACACCGCUCUCAACACCCUCAUGACCUCCUGCCUUCCCUCUUGGUUCUGGGACCCUAUGGCUGCGCGAGAGUGCCUCUCCUUCUUCGCCUCCUGCCGCUUGCCCCUGCGCCACUCCCACCCCCGCAUUCUGCAGCAGCACCUUCCGCUUCUUCUCAAGACCCUCGCAUCGCACGGCAGCAUCGUGCUGCCUCAGUUCACACAGCUCAUUCCGGACCUUCUCUCCUCCUCCUCGCUCAUCCCCCUCUUCCUCCGACUCCUUGACCUCCCAGUGCUGGCCAUCGCCCUGGGCAUGUCAGCAGGCGGCAGGGCGUCCACCCUCAUGGCUGCAGCAGCGGAGCCAGCUGCUGAUGACGUGCUAGCCCUGAUGGACUUUGGCUUCACGGGCACGGCAGACAACGACAGCGAGAGCGACCCCAAUCUGCCUGCCAGCAAGCCGCGACCAGAAACUGCCUCCUCCGCCGCUGCUGCUGCUGCUGCUGGUGCUGGCGGUGCUGCUGUUGGUGCUGCUGUCGGGGCUGCUGGUGGUGGUAUUGGUGGUGGUAGCGGUGCUGCUGCUGGUGCCGGGGGCGCCGCUGCUACUGCUGGUGUGGGGGAAAAGGGCGCAGGGCGAAAGAAACAAGGGGGAGGUGGGGGCGGGGGAACUGGGGUGGGGGGGAUGGGUGUAGGGAGGGCGGGAGGGGAGAGGGGAGCGGAUGGGGGGAUGGCGCCGGCGGCUCUGGCGGUGCUGAUAUCGUGGAUGCUGAUAGAUGAGCUGGCUGCAGGGGAGGCGGAGGUGGGGUCGCGCAGGGAGCAGGAGGCGGUCAUGUGGCGCCUGCCGGGAUUCUCCCAAGCGCUGCUCACUGAAGCCCGUAGACAGACAGCUGGGGCUGCUCAUAACGCGGACAGAGAUGAUGGGGGCGAUGGGGGUGAGGGGGGUGAGCGGAGUGAGAGGCAACGAGGGGUUUACGGGGGAGGGAGAGAGGCAGGGGGAGAGGGAGGGCGGGCGCAGGGGGAGGGCGAGGGGCGGUGGGGGAGUGUAGGGGACGGAGGUGGUGGGGGUGGUGGUGGUGGUGGUGGUGGGGGUGGCAUUGAUGGGUUUGUUGGGAGAGGCAUUGGGAAAGCAGGGAGUCCUGCAAGAAAGGAUGCAGCAGGAGGAGCAGGAGCAGGAAGAGGAGGAGGAGGAGUAGGAGGUGAGGGUGGUGGAACUGGCCUAGGCUCUCCUGUCACUGCGUCUCAAGCAACUGUAACACCAACACCACCAUCACCAACACCAGCAGCAGCAGGAGCAGCAGCAGCAGCAGGAUUAACACCAGCGGCAGCGGCCGCCGCGGCGGCAGCAGCAGCAGCUGAGGCGUGGAGUGAGGGGUUGAGGGAAGACGCCCGGGAGAAUGAGAGGCGGCUGCAGGAGUGCCUUGCCAUGGCGCCUCACCUGCUGGAUUCUCUGCUGGAAACGGUCUUAACAGGCAUGGGCCAAGAUGAGUGGCGGGCGUUGCUGCCAGUCAUAAUGAGCCGCUUCGACGCACUCUUCCCCAACGCCACCUACCAACACCAGGUGCAGCAGCUGUGCCUGCACACCUUGCUCGUACUCUUCCGACUCUGCCCUGCGCUACUGCUCGCUGUUCAGGCUCUGCCCUGCACUGCUGCUCGCUGUUCAGGUAAUCACUACCAGUCAUUCAAUGAGUGGGCGGAACAGCUCUACUUCUUCUGCAGCAGUGAACCAGUUCCGACUCCCGACUUCCGACCCAUGACUCACCAUGCACACGGCUCACGUUUUACUGGCUUCUGCCCCUCUGAUUUCUCUCCCCUGCCCCCCUACCCCCCUGUCCCCCUGCCCCCCUUGCCCCCCUGCCCCCCCUCCCCCCUGCCACCCUGCCGCCCUGCCGCUCUGCCCCCCUGCCCCCAUGGCAGCACACGUUGGUUCUCCACCUGUGUUGGCUUUCUGGCGCAGGCGCAGGGGCAGCAGCGGCCGGGAGCAGCGGCGGAGUCACUCUUUGAAGCUGUGGAGCUGCUGCUGUUUGAGUCCAUCGCCACCGCCAAGCUGGGAGCGGACAGCAGCAUGGGCGGUAUGUCAGGAGGAGCAGCAGCAGCGGUGCUGGCGCCAUCGGCACGCUCGCGCCUGCUGUCUGCUGCUGUGGGAGCCAUCGCAAAGCUCGCUGCUGCAGAGACCGACCUGCGCACUCGCGCACGCGUCUGCCUCUCCAAGGUGGUUCGCUCGCGCACCCAUCUGCACCCUUCAGUCUGUGACCACGCAGCAGACCUCCUCUCCCUGCUCCACCACCCCCUCCUCGCCGCCCUUCUCCUCUCCUCCACCCCUUCUCUCCCCACCCCCACCUCCUCUUUCCCUGCCUCCCCUCUGUCAUCCUCGUCCUCGUUAUUGGCGCCCUCGUUAUUAGCUUCUGCGUCUGGCUCUGCUGUGGAGCGUACAGUGGAAGCGCACAGAGCAGUUGCUUUGCCCCUCUACCUGCUUUCGUCUCAGUCAGCAAUGGCGUAUGGCUGCCCUUUCGCUGCGGCAAGCAGUAGUAACGCCGGCGGCAUGUCCCGCAGCGCAGCCCGCUGCCCCAUCUUCCUGCUAGUGGGCGCCGCGAUUUGCGCCGCGUUCACCGGGCUGCAGGAGGUGGUGCCGGCGGCGUGGCUGCAGCAGCUGCUGGUGCUCCGGUUCUUCUCCUCCGUGCGCGUGGGCGACCGGCCGUGGCGGGACGUCGUCGCACUCACCGUCGCCGCCGUCGCAACGCAGGCAUGCGGCAUGACAGUGGCGUAUGCGGGCAUGUACGCGGUGGGUCCCACAGCUCACACGCUCGCCUCCAUGCUGCUCGUGGCCCGCAACGUGCUGCCCAUGACUGCCGUGCUGCUGCUGCCCUGCCUCGCUGACUCGCUCUUCCGCUUCACCUACAGGCUCUCUCAGAACCUCCAUCCGCUCGUCUUCCCCCUCGUCUCCACCUCCAUCUGGACGCUCCUCACUCUCCUCUCCCCUUUCGGCGCCACAGCCCACCCCAACUACUCACUCCGCUCCGUCCUGCCCCUCGUGCAAGCCACUGCCUGGGUGGGAAUGCAUGGGGUGCUGCUGGUGGUGGCGUGGCUGGUGGGGGGGAUUCACCAGGUGAUGUGGGAGCAGGAUGCGGUGGGGAGGGGCCUCAAAAUACAACCGUGCACGCUGCACUGCUCAUGCUGUUGCGUUGCUUUCAGCUAUCCACUCUGCAUGCACUGA